CAAACUUGAAAAUUCUUCUAAUUCUGACGAAAAACAGCGAUUAGAACAAGAAAUCAAAAAUAUUGAAGACCACCUAAAAUAUUUGAAAAAUAAAGAUAACAAAAAAAGCAAUCCUAACCAAACCGGUUCACCCAAAGAAGGCCACGGAAAAAUUAUUCUCGCUGGAGCG